GAGGCGCAUCAUAUUAACUGCAGUCUGCUGAGGCAAUUCCCCUACUAUCUAAGGAGGACCUCUUUCAAGUUGAGAACGGGGGCACAUAGCAGCAAACCCAGGGUGGGGGUCUGGAGCCCUCAGCCAACCACGUUGUACCAAACCUAUGAUGUCAUCAGAGGAGGAGACUGGUGAUUGUUUCGGCCUGUAUGGUGAUAAACUACUAAGCAAGAAAGCAAAACGUACCAGACAACGCGUGGACGCCGGUGAACCACGUAACAGUUAUAGUUCGAUACCAAAUUUCAGUUCGCGUCCGUCAUUCUUAUCGGGAGGUUUAUACGGUGCAAUUUUUUCAUCAACACAACAACAGCAUUUCGGUUUAUUCGCGCCGGGUUUUGCACCGGCUAAAAUGCUCAACGAGCUAUUAGGCCGACAAGUGAAGCAAGCUACUGAUGCAAAUAAUUGUAGUCCGGACAAUAUGAUGACAAUGGACCAAGCCUCGGCCGAUGUGCCGAUUAAAUUUGAGUGUAAUACACCAGUGAUACGACGUGGUUUAGAUGAUAGUGCACCAGAUAGUACGGAAUUAGCUGCUCAUCAUAUGUUACGUGAUAUUUUACAAGGACGAAAACAUGAGUUGAUGGCACUCGAACACGAAUUACGUAAUAAUAAUAGUACUGAAAAUAAUAAUACAUUACCAAAUAAUAAUAAUAAUAAUAAUACAAAUAACAAUAACAAUAAUAACAAUAAUAAUAAUAAUAAUAACAAUAAUAAUAAUAACAAUAAUAACAACGAGAUAAUAAAAAGUGAAGAAGCUGAAGCAGCGGUAGCAAUGCAAGAGUGUUUAGCUGAAGCGGGUGUUGGUAGUCAACAACAAGCGGAACUAAUGGAAGAAGCGUUAACAGGUAUGGAAAGUAAAUCAUUGCCAUCACCUAAGACAGAUCAAGAACCAGCAUCACCAGCACGACCUGAAGAUGCAAAACGUGCGCGUGUAGAAAAUAUUGUAUCAGGAAUGCGUGCAUCACCCGUACCCCAGCAAAUAACACACACACCUGUAGUGAAUGGUUGUAAAAAAAGAAAAUUAUAUCAACCCCAACAGCAUGAUGCUGGUUUAGGAAUUUCAUCAUUAUCAAUCAUUGACGAUGAUGAUGACGACGAACCAGAACCAUUAAGACAGAAACGUGUUGAAAAAGAUGCAUUGAAAUCACAAUUACGAACAAUGCAAGAACAAUUAGCUGAAAUGCAACAAAAAUAUGUGCAAUUGUGUACUAGAAUGGAACAAGAAAGUGAAAGUCAAGAAGUGGAAGAAGUGACUAGUGAUAUUGAACAGGAUGUGGCCGAUCAAAAACCAUUUAGAAGUCCGACAGUAUCACCACAGCCGCCUACGAUAGUACGUGAACAACAACCGUGUAAUGUUGUUGUGACACCUACGGGACCACCUCCAACGGGUCCACCACAAAUGUUAUCUCAAGUUAGUAAAAUGAUGCAAUCAGCAGUGAAAAUGCAUCCAAGUGUUGUAGGACCACCACCACAACAUAUGAUGCAUGCUGCGGGACCAUUUAAUGGAAUAUCCAGUUUGAUGCAUAGUGAAAAUGGGCCAGGUCCACAUCCUGGUUUAAGUAAUGCUGCUGCAAUGUAUUUAGGUGUAAGUCAUAAAUUUUUUCUUGAACAAGAAGCGAGGCUAGCUAAAGAAGCAGCCGAACGACAACAUCAUAUACAACAACAACAAGAACAGCAAGCACAGCAAGCGCAACAGGCACAACAACAAGCUGUUGCGGCAGCGGCUGCAGCUGCAGCAGCCGCAGCGGUUGCAGCACAACAAUCGCAAACACCUCAAUUACCUACACAAUCACAAACAAGCCAAAUUAAUCAACAACAGCAACAGCAACAACAGCAACAACAACAGCAACAACAACAGCAGCAAACACAGCAACAAACGACACCUACUCAUCAAUCGCAGCCACUGCAACAACCAUCGACACCGCAACAACAACAGCAACAAUCACUACCGCAACAGCAACCAAAAGAAUUAUCCGAACGAUUACAAAUGUUACGACAACCAACGAUUACGGGAUCUGAAUUGGAAGGUUUAGCGGAUGUAUUAAAAACAGAAAUCACAGCAUCAUUAACAAAUUUAAUUGAUACAAUAGUGAGUAGGUUUGUGCAUCAACGACGUUUUCUUGGAAACAAACUAAAUGAAGCAGCAGCUGCAGAACAAUUAAAUAAGGAUUUAUUGUUGGCGUCUCAAUUACUGGAUAGAAAAUCACCACGUAUAAAGGUAUCGUCUUCAUCAAAUCCAAUACAAUCUUCAUCACAACCUCCACCCCAACCGCCAUCACAAGGUCCUUCAUCAUCACAACCGAGUCCUCAGGGUUUACCACCAAUGAGUAUAUCAAGUCCUAUGCCCCCACGAAUGAAUGGUGCUUCAUUUCCUCAACAAAUGUCUUCAAUGAAAUUACAGCAUAUGGCAGCACAAGUUUCGGGAAACGCGGGAAAUGGGCCAAUGUCCGAGCAUGUCCGAUUUCAAGCGCCAAAACCACCACCAGGAAUGAAUUCAGUGGCAGCAGCAGCACUGUAUGGAUUGGGUCCCCAACACAAUCCAUUUUGCAUGCCGCCAGAUGGAAGAGAAAAUCCUGAACAAAAUGAGGCGCUCAGUUUAGUCGUUGCACCAAAGAAGAAGAGACAUAAAGUUACAGAUACAAGAAUAACACCCAGAACAGUUAGUAGGAUAUUGGCCCAGGAUGGUUUAGGUUUAGGAUCACCAUCAGGUGUAUCAGUAGAAGGUUCAAGGGGACCCAAUGAAUGUUCAUCACCACGACCAUAUCACCCACCGCCACCAAUGUUGCCAGUUUCACUGCCAACAUCAGUAGCGAUACCAAAUCCAGGUUUACAUGAAUCACAAGUAUUUUCACCGUACAGUCCUUUUUUCACGGGACCUGGGGGGCACCACCAUGGGCACCAUCACAUCGUGCCCGGACCAGCAGGAUCAUCACCACCACGGCUGGGCAAACUCGAGAGGGACUCCCCACCAUUACCACAUCCACCAACGCUUCUACAUCCAGCACUUUUGGCUGCGGCACAACACGGAGCUUCACCUGAUUAUAGUGGCCACAUGAGGUCUUCGUCAGGCGGUCUAAAUAUGACAGAUUCAGUAGAUCCAAAUAGUGAUUGUAAUUCAGCGGACAUCAGCUACGAUGGAAUUCAGCCUACAAUAUCCUUUUCAAUGCAAUAUAAAAACAAAUUACAUGAUUACAGUGACUACAAAACAAGAUAUUUUUUGUGCGAUGAUUCUUCUAUAUCGUCAACUCUAACUCCAAUGCACCUUCGAAAAGCCAAAUUGAUGUUCUUCUGGGUGCGAUAUCCAAGUUCAGCAGUACUCAAGAUGUAUUUUCCAGAUAUCAAAUUCAACAAGAAUAAUACAGCCCAACUAGUCAAGUGGUUCUCAAACUUUCGAGAAUUCUACUAUAUCCAAAUGGAAAAAUAUGCACGACAAGCAGUUAGUGAAGGUGUUAAAAAUGCUGAAGAUCUACAUGUUGGAGCAGAUUCAGAAAUUUAUCGAGUUUUAAAUCUUCAUUACAACCGCAAUAACCACAUCGAGGUAUGGGGUCCUCAGGUUCCAUCAAAUUUUCGGUUUGUUGUUGAACAAACAUUACGAGAAUUUUUCAAAGCAAUUCAAGGAGGAAAAGACUCCGAACAAUCAUGGAAAAAAUCAAUAUACAAAAUAAUAUCGAGACUCGAUGAUCCAGUUCCAGAAUAUUUCAAAUCACCAAAUUUUCUGGAACAACUUGAAUAAAACUUAGAAGAUAUUGAAGAUACGGAACUUGUGUGUGAUUAACAAAUUUAAAAAGAAAAAAAACUGAUAUUUAAAAAACAAUUUAUUAAUCGGGCAUACAGUUCAUGUGACCAAAAAAUAUUUUUAAAAUAAAAAAUCUUCAAUAUUUAAACAAACAAACAAAACUAAUCUCCAGGCUAAAUAUGUGUUAAUGUAACUAAAACAAAAACUAACAAGAUUUUAAAAUCUGCGUGAAAUAUUAUAUUUAUUAGUUUUCGAAUUAUUAAAGACAUUAAAUCAAUUUUAAAAAACAAAUUUUAAAUAUGGAACAAUCGCUGAUUCUUGUAAACUGUGCGAUAUGAUGAACUAU